UCUGCUCCUACUUUUUUGUUGGGACUGAGAGAAAAAACUGUCCUUUGGAAGGAGGAUUGCGCAGAAGAAAAAAGAAAACAUUUAAACUGAAGGGAUUUAGAGAAAUUACACAUUAUGGACCUUUAUAAAGUUUCGCUUCACAGGAGCACAAUGCGGGUGGGCGCGCUUUCCCCGUAAAUUUCCUACCGGAGCCUGUUUGUUUUGUUUCGUGCUGGUACCCACCCUCACAACCAUCAUGCUGAGUUUUCUGCGCAGGACUUUGGGUCGUCGAUCCAUUCGCAAACACGCAGAAAAAACCCGUUUACGGGAAGCACAGCGGGCCACGACUCACAUUCCUGCAGCUGGGGACGCAACGUCUAUCAUCACUUGCCGUGUUUCCCUACUGGACGGGACCGAUGUCAGCGUCGACCUGCCGAAAAAAGCCAAAGGUGAAGAACUAUUCGAACAGAUCAUGUACCAUUUGGACAUAGUAGAGAAAGACUAUUUUGGGCUACGCUUCAUGGACUCGGCACAGGUUCCGCAUUGGCUCGAUGUCACAAAAAGUAUCAAAAAGCAAGUAAAAAUUGGUCCACCAUACUGCCUUCACAUGAGAGUCAAAUUCUACUCUUCAGAACCAAACAACCUCCAUGAAGAACUCACCAGAUACCUUUUUGUGUUACAGCUAAAGCAAGAUAUCCUCAGUGGCAAGCUUGAAUGUCCCUUUGACACAGCCGUGGAGUUGGCUGCCUUCUCUUUACAGGCUGAACUAGGUGACUGUGACCCACUAGAACAUAAUCUAGACCUGGUGUCAGAAUUCCGGUUUAUUCCAGAGCAAACAGAGGAAAUGGAGCUCGCUAUCUAUAAUGCAUGGAAAGAGUGCCGAGGUCAGAUGCCAGCUCAGGCUGAGAUCAACUACCUAAAUAAAGCGAAGUGGUUAGAAAUGUAUGGGGUGGACAUGCAUAUGGUUAAGGCAAGAGAUGGUAAUGAGUAUAGUCUGGGUUUAACACCCACUGGAGUCCUGGUGUUUGAAGGCCAGACCAAGAUCGGGCUUUUCUUCUGGCCCAAGAUCACUCGUUUGGAUUUUAAGAAGAGCAAACUGACGCUUGUGGUGGUGGAGGAUGAUGACCAGGGUAAAGAGCAGGAGCACACCUUUGUCUUCAGGAUGGACCAUCCCAAAGCCUGUAAGCAUCUUUGGAAGUGUGCAGUGGAGCACCAUGCUUUCUUUAGGCUGAGAGGACCAGUACAGAAAAACUCUGCUCGCUCUGGAUUCAUACGCAUGGGCUCACGCUUCAGAUACAGUGGAAAGACAGAGUAUCAGACCACCAAGGCCAGCAAAGCAAGGCGAUCUGCCUCAUUUGAAAGGAGACCAAGUCGACGUUACUCCAGAAGAACCAUGCAAAACAGAGGACAACUCCACCCCCAGGAGGUUCUUUCUUCAGGUAAUGGCGUGAGCUCCAACAAAGGAAACAAGGUUUCUUCAAGCAGAAGCCCCUGGUCUGGCAUGCCCGUGGUGAACCCGCCACCAGCCUCAACCUGUGGGCCAAUAGAAAUCGAGGCUUUACCCCGAAGUCCUGGCGGAGAAAAACGAGGCUUGCCGGUCAGUCCUGAUCUGAUGGAGACUAGCAUCGACGAUGUCCUUAGAGCACCCGCUGUUCCUAGCAUCUCAGCGGCAGAAGAGGUCAGACCGUGUGCUGCUUAUGCUGCUGCUAGUCUACCAGCUGAAGACCCACUCAGCCUCGCUGAAGCAGCAGCUCGUUUAAAGCAGCUGGAGUUGGAGAGCAUUCCACCCCCUGUUACUCCAAGAAAUAAUAUCAACGUUAAUGUGGCCAUGAACAACCAGGACAAUGUGGUGAAGCUCAUAGAGAAAUGUGGCCUGAACAGUGCAGGAAAUAGCCCGGUCGUCACUCCGCUGCGCAUCCCAGAGGAUCUCAAGAGCAACAUCCUGAAAGCUCAAGUGGAAGCUGCUGUACUGAAGGGACACCUGGAGGAACCUGUUAUCAUGGCUGCUGACAAGAACUGUAACUUACAGGAGGCCUCUGCAAAGUUGAAGGUGCGUGCGGGCCGAAUGGGAAGUAACUCGUCUCUUUCUGUCAGCAGCCAACCGGACCCCCAAGACUCCUGGGAGCUGCUGAAGCCAGCCUCUCUGGUCUCGUCUGCAGCAGCCAGUGCUGAGAGGUUGGCAGAGGACUUGAUUCCCACUGUUCCCAAGAUUCCCACCGUCAUUGAAGGCUUGGCACCAAAGGUUAAAGCGGAGGAGAUUGAAAUCCAAAAUGUUGCUGUGAUGUCUGACAACCUGAUUGACUUUACUGAGCCGAUCCCUCAACUGCCACCAGUGCAGCCUCCCAAACCCCUGAUCACACCUCGCUGGAUCAUUCCUGCUGCAGCCCCUCCUGGCAUCUUUACUAAUGGGCUUCUUGACAUUGAACCCUCCUCUAAGGUGGUUCCUCUCCUUCCCUCUGCUGAUGGGGGGGCAGUGCUCGCUUCAGCCCCGGUCCACCUCACUCAUCCACGUAACCCUGUUACUGCCAGCUCUGCUGUUCAGCCGCCGGUCAUGGAGGACGGCGCCAAACCCAGGGGCCUCCUAACCACCGAGCUCUGAUGAAGAAACUGUUCCUCCUGACUGUUCUCCCACAAACUGUGGCAGCUUCAAAGCAGAACGUUCACACGAACUACGAUCUCUUUAACAUUAGGAUGAAUAAUAUGUUUUUGGUAAAGCAGACAGCUUCAGCAUUAUCAUCUCAAAGGCAGCCUGCCACUUACCUGAAUCCAUCCAAACUGAUAAGAUCUCCCCAUGGAAAUCACCAUCUUUAACGAGAGAUAAUAAGGUGGAGCUUGAACCUGGAUCGGAGGUGAAGAGACUGUAAAAAGAACUCUGUUAUGAUUGAGAACGAGCUUCAGUAUUGGUGAAGUAGCUGUGAAGUUUGGGACCACUGGAUCUCUGAGCUGCUGCAGACAAUGAAUGAAGGACUGAUCUGAACCUCGAAUGUUGACUCUUCAGUACUGUAGCACAUCACUUUUUUUUUUUUAACUAGGCAACAUGGGCGUUUAUUUGUUGCAGCCACUGGAUACAAGAGCUUCACUGGAUUUUCUUUCCAACACUGGAUUUUUCAAAGGAAUUUGAGGAAAUGGUUUUACAUGACUUUUACUGUGUUGUUGCUCAUUUUUUAUGUGAAAUGCCCAUUGCAGGUUAAUUCAGUAGCAUCAGAAAAAAAUUAGCUCUGCAUCUCUUUUGAUCCAGUUUAGUAAGCUUUUUCUUAACCACUUGUUUUAAGUUGUGUUUUUUUAUAAUUAAAAUUUCCUUCCCUAAAUUUUAAUUCACAAUUUUUAUAUUUGUAUGUAAUCAGGCACAUUUAUUUAGCUUGAAAAUCAGGCAUUUAAACUCCAAAAGCUGUAGACAAGCUGUGACGAUGGGACUCUGUGGCCCCGACCUCUGUCUUAUAACGUGUUGUAGCUUCGCUCAUGCCUUAAAUGAAAUGAAUGUACCCGACACACGUCAUCUAAUGCUGGAAAUACCACAGUUUCUGACUGAUGCUCUAUAGAUUCACAACAGCUGAGGUAAUCUCUGACGGGGAAAAGAAAUGUGGGAAAAACUUCAAGGCAGAUUUUGUACACGGUGAAAGUUGGUUUUCUUUUUAGGGGUGUAGCGGUCCAUACAUCACAGUUUUUGUUUUGGUUUCAACUGCAAAAAAGGAAUAGAAAAUGAUCUUCACUUCAGUGCAGCUGGAAACGGCUUUUAUGGCAACAGGGAGAGAAAAACU